UUAAGAGUGGACUAGCCUUCUGAGAAAGUUGCCGCACGGGAUGCCUGGACAACAAUAGUUUCUCCUCCCUCUAAAAAUCACAAAGCAAAGUAGUGAUGCCACCUAGUGGUGAAAUGACGGAUCCGAGAUCCCGGAAGUGAACCCCGGAAGCUACCGUAGCUUUUCACACACAUCACUCAGUUAUGUUACGUUAGAUUUUGUUGUUCGAGGAACUACUAUGGGCCUGCUGUCAAAUGGCACGGUGCUGAGAAACGAAAGCAAGAGGUUUGGAAGCGCACCAGGCCCUCGGCUUUGACCUCGUGCCGGUGCCGAUUGUCACACCAUGUUGGUGACGGCGUAUCUCGCCAUCGUCUUGCUGCUUGCCCUGUGCGCUGGCCUGGAGCUCGCAGGACGCCGCCUCGUCCCGCCUCAGUCCACCCCUGCUGUGGCCAACCCCGUUUUCCGUCGCUUCCAGAGUGGCUUCCUUCGCGCGUACCUCUUGGCUCUGUGGGCCGACUGGCUCCAGGGCCCUUACCUCUACAAGCUGUACCGUCACUACAGUUUCCUGGAGUCCCAAAUAGCCAUCUUGUACGUGUGUGGCCUGGCCUCCUGUGUCCUCUUUGCUCCCUUUUCCGCCUGGCUGCCUCAAGUCUUGGGUCGCAGACAGACGUGUCUUCUCUUCUGCCUGUCCUACUGUGCUUGUUGUCUCACCAAGCUGUCCACAGACUACUUUGUUUUGAUCUUUGGUCGCAUCCUGGGGGGCCUGUCCACAUCCCUGCUCAGCACCACAUUUGAAGCCUGGUAUGUGCACCGCCAUGUGGAAGUACACGAUUUUCCCAAGGAGUGGAUCCCCAGUACCUUCACCAAGGCGGCUACCUGGAACCACGGGCUUGCCGUGGGAGCAGGGCUGGUGGCUAACCUGCUGGCUGAGUGGCUCCACCUGGGUCCGGUGGCUCCCUUUCUCCUGGCUGUGCCUUGCCUCGUGUGCUGUGGCUGGGUGGUGCUGACCGACUGGGGCAAGGAAGAGGUUGGAGACAGCCCCAAAGGGGACGAACUAAAACUUCCUCCCGGCCCCCCAAACGGAGGCGUGACCCGUUUGUCUGCAAGGAGUCGCUUCUCACGCAGCUGCCAUGAUGGUUUGCGUUGCCUGCUGUCAGACAGGAGGGUCAUGCUCUUGGGCGGAGUGCAGGCUCUGUUUGAAAGUGUCCUUUACAUUUUCGUUUUCCUGUGGACCCCGGUGCUGGACCCUCACGGAGCCCCUUUGGGAAUAGUCUUCUCUUGCCUGAUGGCCGCCAGCAUGGCCGGCUCCUUGCUGUACCGCGUAGCCACCUCCACACACUAUCGUCUGCAGCCUGGCCAUGUUCUCUGCCUGGCCGUGCUGAUGGCCUUCUUCUCCCUCUUCAUGCUGACCUUCUCAACUACCCCAGGCCAACCCAGACCUCAUGAAUCCUUUCUGGCCUUCCUGCUGCUGGAGUUGGCCUGUGGCCUCUAUUUCCCUGCUGUUGGCUUUCUCCAGGCCAGGGUGAUCCCAGAGGAGAAGCGGGCUAGUGUGCUGGCCUGGUUCAGACUGCCUCUGCACCUGCUGGCCUGCAUAGGGCUGCUGGCGCUUCAUGGGGAGAUAUCAGGAACGGGCAGCGGGGAGGAGGGUACCGGUACCAGACACAUGUUUGCAGGCUGUGCAGUUAUGAUGCUGGCCGCUUUGAUGGCUGUAGUCAGUCUGUUCACUCUGGGCAGAAAUGACACGGAACUGAGGCUAGAGACGGAAGGAAGUAGAGACGAGGGGGAUAUGUACUGAAGAGAUAAACAACAUUAAAUCAUGCUUGACUGGUUUUGAAUGCAACAUGCCCUUUUUUUUUGGUGCGGCUAAAAUUAGAAUGUGUGGUGGUCAUUAUUUUAAAGUUUGAAGCCAAAUACAUGACUCAAGGAAAUCUUAAGUCCAAAAGAGGGGUGGGGGUUAUUCGGCAACAACUCGGAUAAAUUUAAUUUAAUUUUUUAUAUGUUAGCGUGUUGCUUCUUAGUUGUUGUGUUAUUUGGGGGGGAGAGACUUUUACCUGUCUGUGUACAGCAACAUAUCAACCGUCAAUUGUCAAGUAAACCAAACGGCUGUAUCAAACUAUUCCACUACCAAACUGUGUGCAGAUGUACUGUGUGUUCCACACAAUAUGAUUAAUUCAACUUGUAUGGCCACGGGGAUCAGUAGUAUUGGACGAUGCAUCUUAUGUUGAAAAUGACAUACGUGAAAAGAGUUUGACAAUGUUGUUAAUAAAUAUAAGCUCAUGAGCUUGUAUGAAUGCUGAAUCUGAACGUCUAUUCUUGCAAUACCUCUGCAUGUUUUAUUUUUGUGCGUCAUUUAAUUUCAAAGAGAAAUCCGUUGGUUUUACUUUGAAUGCUUCUUCUGCCUCAUCUUUGGGAUAUUUUCUCAUUAUCUGUGAUCUUUACACAUUUAAAUAAACCGUACAUUUAUAUUUCUGAUCUAACU